AAAAAAAAGGUCUCGCCUUUAAGAAGCAAAAUGGAAGAAACUUUGUUGGGCAUUUGUGGGUUUGAUUCUUCGAAGAAAUAUCGAUUAGAAGAACUUGUCAAGCAUCAGUCAGGUUCUUGUAUUGAGUUUGAAGAUGUUGAAGGAGAUGAUGAAAUGGCAGUGGAUUAUCCGUGUCCGUUUUGCUCAGAUGAUUAUGAUUUAGUUGAAUUGUGUCACCAUAUAGACGAAGAGCAUCAACUAGAUGCUAACAAUGGGGUAUGUCCGGUUUGUAGCAGACGAGUGAAGAUGGAUAUGGUUGAUCACAUAACCACGCAGCAUAGAGAUGUUCUGAAGCUUGAACAAAAGCAGAGACUUUACAAGGAGGAGUCUUAUUCAGCAUUUUCUCCAGGGACAAAGAAGUAUAUACAGUCCCUAAUCGAUGGGCCACUGUCUACUAAUCAUACAUCCAAAAGUGUUCCUGACUCGUUACUAUCAUUUGUCUACAACCCGCCGUCACCGAAUCAGGCCAAGCUUGUCCUGCCUGAUUUAUCAAAUGGAGCAAACAUGGAAGACAAGAGCCAUAUCAGGGAUUCGACAGAAAGAGACAGGAAAUCGCUGUCUCCCUUGUCAGAUACCGAGCUACUAGAGAAGGCAAAGAAGAGAGAGUUUGUACAAGGUUUAAUAUCAUCGGUCAUGUUUAAUAACUUCCACGACUUCUGAGUUAAAUAAGAAAAGAUGUGAUACAUUGUUUGAAUCUUUAUUGCUCUUAGUCAAGUAUUUAUAUAUUGAAACUCUGGCAAAGUACACUAGAUUUUAGUCUAUAAGCCAAUGAGCUUUUGUUUCUCUUU